AUGUCGGUACCGCAUGCGGGCGUGCGUCAUUUAUGUUUGCUCUCAUGCUACGAUCAAUGUAUCACUUCCGUUGGUAAUAGAUACUCUCCGACACGGCCGAGAAACGCCACCAAGAUGGAGUCCGUCAAACGAUUUUUCAGCAAUAAAAAGAGUCAGGUUGUAGCAUUUUCCUCGACUGCAAUCGCCCUCUAUGGAUACGAUCAAGGAAUGAUGUCCCUCAUCAAUACCAACAAGGACUACUUGCAAACCAUGGGCAUUUCCGAAGAAAGUCCACAAGUUGGGUUUAUCGUUGCUGUGUACUAUCUCGGAUGCUCCGUAGGAGCUGUAUUCUUCUCCUGGUUCGCAGAUAAAUAUGGCCGCAAGCCUGCUUUAUUCGCUUGUCUGGCAACCGCAUCUCUAGGAAACCUGGUCAUGUUCGUCGCUGGCUUGGGUUUCAGUCGAGGUGCUUUGGCUGUCAUGUAUCUCGGACGAGUCAUAAUGGGUCUAGGAGUCGGUGGUGUUGACUCUGUUGUGCCUGUUUACUCUUCUGAGCUCAGCAGUGACGAUUCCAGAGGCAAGGCAUUGGCGCAGGAGUUCCAAGCUAACAUCUUUGGUCUUAACAUGGCAUUCGCCAUCAAUCUGGCAGUCACGGUUCAAUUGGGCGUCUGGAAUGAGUGGGCGUGGAGGAUUCCAAUCAUCACUAUGCAGGUAUACCCUCUCGGUCUUCUCGCAUUUAUCUCAGAACUCCCAGAGAGCCCCCACUGGUAUCUCUCGCACGGCAAAGAAGACAAAGCAAAAGCCUCUCUAGCCUCAAUCCUGGGAGACGAGGAAGGAAAACAGAAGCACGACGAGCUAAAAAAGGUCUUCGAAGAAGAGACCGACGAGAAUGUUGGCUACAAGGACAUGUUCACGCCAUCGCACGCUCAGUUCCAUCCUACCAUGCUUACUGUGAUGGGACAAGUCAACCAGGCACUGACCGGAUACGGAGCCAUCAGUGUUUAUGGGCCACAGAUCUUUGAAUUGUUGGGAUAUGGGACCCGUCUAUCAGAAUACCUGACGCAGGCAAAUUACGUCUCAUACUUCAUUCUGAUGACAUUCGCCUGGCUCCUGAUCGAUGCCGUGGGACGGCGAGCAAUCCUCCUCAGCGGUAGUGGAGUCUUGACUCUCAGUUUUGUGCUGCUCACCGUCUUCGGAGGCCUUGCAUUCAACAACGAAGAGCUCGGGAUUUCUGUCAAUUCCGUAGCUAUUCCCGGCAUCGUCAUGCUCUUCAUCUCCACGGCAGCUUUCGGAAUUGGUUGGCUGGUUCCUCCGUGGCUUAUCCCGACGGAAAUUUACCCGCAAACUGCUCGUGCUCAAGGAACUGCCGUGUCUGUCAUCACUUGGGGUCUUGCCAACUUUACCGUUACUCUGGUGACGCCUCUUCUUUUCAACAAUAUCAAGUACUGGGUGUUCCUGGUAUUGGCCGGCACUAAUGCCAUCGCGGCUGUUUGGACUUUCUUAUACUGUCCCGAAACCGGAGGUCGCACCUUUGAGGAGAAUCAAAAGUUCUUUGAGGAGGCGAAAGAGAAAGGGACGUGGCGAGUGUCGAAAGUCGCAAAAGGUGAAUAUCGCUUCUUGCCGUACCAGAAGCCUGAUGGCGAGGAUGGUGAAAGCCAGCCGCUGCUCCGCAGAAUCAGGGACCAGGUGGAUGCUUAG